AUGUGCAUAACAUUUCUCUUUAUUCAAGUAGUUUUAGUUCAUGGUCAACAGUCAUCACAAUGGAUUGGCACAUUUAAAACGGAUAACAGUUGUGAUCAAAGUAAAUGUUGUUGUCUAAAUGGAACUGUAACAAUUAGUGAACAGGAUGCAAAUAAUCUUGAACUAGUUGCUCCAUUAGCUGGUCAAUGUGAUUCACACAAAGAGAUUGAAGUACCGUUAGUUAAACCAGCUGGAUAUAUAACAACAAUAAAUUUUGGAGGUCAAACUUUUGAUGCACAAUUAACUGCCGAUAACAAGACGAUUAGUAUUGUUUAUGGGAUGAACAACGUAUGUAGUGUUAACGCCGUUCGUGAUAGUGGUCAACAGUUGUCACAAUGGAUUGGCACAUUUAAAACGGAUAAUAGUUGUGAUCAAAAUCUCUCAAAGUUUCUCAUAAUUUAG